GGAGAACGAUAGCUUGUUUCGCCAUGUCUAUCAGCUUAGGGAUCGGCUCAAGCCUACCACUUUAUGACUUUAUACAGGACACGUCCUCUGCUCACUCAGCCAUGAGCACGUUAUCUCAGAUUCGAAUCAUUGAUCGUCACCGUUGUCGGAGACAGAUAUGACGUAUAUGAUGCAAUCAUUGCUAAUAGCAAAACAAAUUCCAGGAUGACGAAAAUUUCUCAAAGGAUAUCUGCAUCUAGAGCUGAAGGUAAUUCGCUGAUGUGUCGUGCUUACCUGACAGACUUCGCCUGGAUGAGGUCUUGUCAAGUCUAACCUAUCUAGGACGAAAGGCGCGUCUACAUACAGCAGGUGUACUUAAAGUCGCACCAUCACAACUUCAGGUUCAACCAUCUACAAACUUCUUUAACUUCCUACCCCUCUCACAAGCACGACUCUAUUCGAAUUAUUCAAAAUGUCUCACGGAACGUGGACACCAGAAAACUUUGGCUGGAUUGCCGUCCCAAGAAAUCGCUCCAACGUCCCAUCUGCUGACGAUGUUGCUACAAUGAAAAGCGAAAUCUACUCAGACCCAAUGGACGCCUGGCCCGUCACCAACGUGACGGACAAGGCGCGCAAAUAUGCACAGGAACACCUAACGAAGGAGACAUUCAAUCACAGUAUGAGAGUAUUCUGCUACGGUACCUACAUCAUCCAGCAUUACUUCCCAGAAUACCAUUCGAGUGCCUUCUUCGAAACCUGGGCACUGACAUGCCUCUUUCACGACAUUGGCACGACCGAUGAGAACAUGUCGAACACGCAUAUGUCGUUCGAGUUCCAAGGCGGCCUCCUCGCUUUGACCAAGUUGCAAGAGUUCGGCGCUCCCCAAGUUCAAGCCGAGAGCGUUGCCGAAGCGAUCAUCCGCCACCAGGACCCCGGUGAGACAGGUACAGUCAGUGCAAUGGUCCAGAUGAUCCAGAUUGCCACCGAGUUUGAUAACAUGGGACUACAACCGCAUCUCAUAGGCCGGGAAGUCAUCAAACAGGUGACAGCGCAGCUACCCCGAAUGGGCUGGUCGGGAUGUUUCGCAAGCACGAUCAUGAAAGAGAUCAGGGUGAAACCUUGGUGCCAUACUACAGCGUUGGAGAACUUUGCCGAGUCUGUAGCAGGCAAUGAGCUCAUGAGACCUUAUGAAUGAACGGGGCGUGAGCGAGAGCAAGACAUCAAGAUGAUAAGAAAUGACAAUAUGUAUAAGAAUACAUUAGAUUACAGAAUUGCGGUACUAUAAAGAAUGCGAACCAGCCAUUCCAAGCUUGUUGCUUGUGGCUACGAGACUCGGAGAACCGCCAAAUCCCC